GUUCAACGACGUGAAGACUUGGAUCGCGCACGGCAGGCUGUGCGGGAACGCAGUGAUCGGCUACCUGAAGAACAAGGGCUUCCCUGAGGUAGCCCUCCAUUUCGUGACGGACAACCAGACGCGAUUCAAUCUUGCCCUCGAAUACGGCCACAUCGAGGAGGCCAUGACCGCAGCGCAGGAGUUGGCGACGCCGGCCUGCUGGAAUCGCCUGGGCCUCGAGGCGCUCCGCCAGGGCAACGUGCAGAUCGUCGAGAAG